AUGUCUGGAGUAAGUGAGAUGUCGUCAAACGAUACAGCCACUAGUAAUGUGUUGACAAGCGUGAGUAAUGUUGCGACCGCUGUGAGUACUGUGACGUCUGGUAUUGCACCUAGUGGAUUGAGUGGGGAGUUUGCCACCGCAACCGCGCCACCGACUAUCCCAUUACCUGGAUCAGGAUUUCCAGCGGGGAGGCCUAAUGCUGGUGGUUCAUUACCUGGAGCUGGUGGGAUACUUGUCUCCAUGCAUGAAGUGAAUCAAGUACCUGAUGGUGGAUUUGGCAUGAAGCUUGACAACAAACCGCCGAUCAUGCAUGGAAGUUUCGAUCUGUAUGCGGUUGAGCUGGAAACGUUCUUACGCCGCAUUCAUGUGUGGGGUGUAAUUGACAAUGAGUCGGUUGUACGAGCUUCGACAACAAUUACACAGUUUGCGUUGAUGGAUAAUGUUGCUCAUGGUGCUAUUCUGCAUGGUAUUCCAACAGCAGAUGCUGAGCUUGUCUUUCACGAGACAAGCGCUCACGCGAUGUGGUCGCGCUUUGUCGAUAAGCAAACCAAGAGAGAGUAUGCGAAUUACAUCUUUGCACGACAACUACUGUAUGCAAACAAGUAUACGCAUGAUAGAAACAUGAAUGAUUGGCUACAUGAGAUGGAACUUCAGCGGAAUGAGCUGCAACAUUACCAAAAAGUCCUCUCUGAUGAAGAGUUCGCUGAGAUUAUUUUGAGCAAUGUGUUUCAGACACAAGGUGAGGUACUGACCACUAUACUACACACGCCUGGAGAAGCAGGGUAUCGAUCCCUGUACCUCUCGCAUGCUAAGCGAGCGCUCUACCAUUUAAGCUACAUCCCUGACUUAACGUCUUCGAGGUACUGA